GGGCGGCAGGAAGCGGCGGGCAGGGCCGGGCCGGGCCGGACCGGGGCCGCGGGGGGGGCUCGGCUCGGGGCGGGCGGCGCCAUGGCCCGCAAGAAGCUGCACCGGCCCAUCGCCGCCAUGGCCAAGAAGAUCCGCGAGUACCGGGCGCUGAAGGAGCGGCCGCGGGACUCGCAGCGCUUCGCCCUGGACUACGAGAGCAUGCGGCGGCCCCUGACGCAGAAGCGCCUGCCGGCGCUGGCCUGGCGGGACGCGCGCAGCGAGAGCCGCCUGCUGGCGCUGCUCUGCCGCCUGCCGCGGUUCGGCGUGGGCCGCACGGUCACCCGCAAGUCCUGGCUGUGGGCGCACGACGAGCCCUGCUACUGGGUCAUCGCCAAGGUCCGGGCGGACUACACGGCCGAGAACAUGGACCACGGCAGAGCCUGGGGGUACCUGACCUUCAGAGGCAAAACCGAAAAAGUAAUGAAAGAGAUCGACAAAGUCAUGUACCAUGACUGGCGUAUGGUGCCCAAGCAUGAGGAGGAGACCUUCAAGAAAUGCACCCCAGUGCCAGAGGAGACCAUUCGGUACCUUCCAUACCCGCCUCUGCUCCGAGCCAUGAUCCUUGCUCAGUGGCAGAAAGAGGGAAGAGCAAUCACAGAGGAGCCACUGAUUGAUCUGAAGAAGGCCGUGGCCUCUCACCUUCAGGUAGCAAAGAAAAAAACUACAGGGACAUCAGUGUAAAGUCUUGUUCUAUCACCUGAGCUUCCCCCAUGCUUUUGCUGCGUGUGAACAGCACAUCACCUUAACGAAGAUCCACUUGCCCACUGCGGUAUGGUGGAUUCAGGUUUCUUAUUUUUCUCCACAGGACUGUAUGGUAACCUCAUCUAAAAGGACAGGUACAGAAACACUCAGAUUUUUUUUUUGCAUAACUUUGGUCUCAGCAGAGGAACCUUCUUGGUUCCCUGUAUAUUCUCUGAAUUUGUAGCGCCUGUCACCAGCUACAGUUCUUUGGAGUACAGUUUCCUUACAGCCUGAAAAAGGAUUUUUUUUUUUUAAAGAACAUUGUUCAGGUAGUUUAAGUACCUUCCUAAAUCACAGAAAAAUAACUAAGAAUAUCACAUUGUUUCCCAGAGCUGUGUGUAAAUGUAUCUCUCAGAUUAAAUAAACGAUUUCUUAUUUCCACA